AUGGCAGAACCUCUCACGUCGUCUCUCUUGCUAGCCCUUGUCUUCCUCACGAUCUCAGCCGGCCCUGUGGCAUCGUCCUCCCUAUCCGGUGACCCUAGGGAUGUCGCUGUCGACAGCCACACGCUCCUGUCCUUCAAGUCGCUCAUGAGUGGCCCAUCACUGCAGGCUCUAGCGUCGUGGAGCAGCAAUGGAUCCACGCCGGUGUGCCAAUGGCGCGGCGUGGCGUGUGGCACGAGGGGACGCCGCCGCGGCCGUGUCGUCACGCUGGCACUGCCAGAGCUCGACCUCCUCGGCAAGGUGAGCCCUGCACUGGGAAACCUCACCUACCUGAGGCGGCUUGAUCUUCCCAGCAACUGCCUCCACGGCACGCUGCCUCCGGAGCUUGGCCACCUUCGUGAGCUCAGGUAUCUCAAGCUCAACAAUAACUCCAUCCAAGGGUCCAUCCCUCCAUCGCUCUCCAGCUGCAAGCAGCUCAGGAGCAUCCAGCUAUACAGCAACAAGUUGCAGGGGCAGAUCCCAAGGCAGCUUGCAGCACUCCUAAAUCUCGAGGAACUCGUCCUUGGCAAGAAUACACUGACAGGAAGAAUCCCUUCCAACAUUAGGAGCCUUGCAAGCCUCAAACUUUUGGUGGUAGAGUUCAACAACCUGACAGGAGAAAUCCCGUCGCAGAUUGGCAGCCUGGUCAACCUCGUCUAUCUGGGUCUAGGUUCCAAUCAGCUCUCAGGCCCCAUUCCCACUUCGCUAGGGAACCUCUCGGCUUUAACAGUUCUUAACGCCUACGAGAAUGAACUGGCAGGGAGCAUACCCCCGUUGCAAGGCAUGUCAUCUCUCAGGGAACUUGAUCUCACGGCAAACAACAUUCAAGGAACCAUCCCUCCUUGGUUAGGGAAUCUCUCCUCCAUGGUAUCUUUAAACCUUCAGAGAAGUAGCCUUGGGGGAUGCAUUCCAGAAUCUUUAGGGAACCUUCAGUUGCUUUCGUCCAUUUCAUUGGCAAAUAACAAACUUGUAGGUCCUAUUCCUGAUGCCUUCAAAAACAUGCAUGCCCUUACUGAACUUUACCUAGAGAAUAAUCAGCUAGAAGGCCCUUUGCCACUUUCGAUGUUCAACCUCUCCACUCUUAAAAUGCUAAACAUACAAAACAACAGCCUCACUGGGGGGUUUCCACCUGACAUGGGCAAUAAGCUUUCCAAACUACAGCAGUUCCUUGUAUCCGAUAAUCAAUUUCAUGGUCUGAUCCCACAAUCCUUGUGCAAUGCAUCCAUGCUUAAGAUGAUUCAAACAGUAGAUAUUUUUUUAUCCGGAACAAUUCCACAAUGCUUGGGAACUCGCCAAGAGUUGCUGUCUGUAGUGAAUUUUAUGGGAAAUCAGCUUGAAGCAACAAAUGAUGCUGAUUGGGGUUUCUUGACUACUUUAACGAAUUGUAGCAAUAUGAUUGUACUGGAUGUUAGUAUGAACAGGCUCAAAGGAGUGCUACCAGAAUCAAUUGGUAAUCUGUCAACACAAAUGGAGUUCCUUGGCAUAGCAUCCAACUAUAUAAAAGGAACAAUAACUGAAGCGAUAGGAAACCUCAUCAACCUGGAUUACCUUGACAUGGAAAAUAAUCUUCUACAUGGCCCUAUUCCACCAUCUCUCGGCAAACUUCAGAAGUUGAAUAGAUUAUAUUUGACAAAUAACAAUUUGUCAGGAUCCAUCCCAGUGACUCUUGGAAAUCUCACCAAACUCACUACCCUUUUCCUCAGUACUAAUGCACUCGGCGGUGCCAUACAUUCUACUCUCAGCAAUUGUCCUUUAGAAGCAUUUGAUCUCUCUUUUAACAAUCUUUCUGGUCCCACACCUAAGGAACUUUUUCACAUCUCAACCUUAUCAAGCUUAAUGAAUCUUGCACAUAACUCAUUAACUGGGACUUUACCUUUGGAAGUGGGAAAUCUCAAGAAAGUAGCUGAACUCGAUAUCUCUGAUAAUAUGAUUUCAGAUAAGAUUCCUAUCACCAUUGGGGAGAGUAACCUUAGAAGAGCAAACCGGCACGUAUCACUAUCCAGUGAGAAACACAUCAGAGUUUCUUAUGCCGAAUUGGCCAAAGCAACAAGUGAUUUCACAUCCAGGAACCUCAUUGGAGUAGGCAGCUUUGGUGCAGUGUACAAGGGGACAAUAGAAAUCUGUGCCCAACAAGUGGUGGUUGCAGUGAAGGUGCUCAACUUGCAACAAGCUGGUGCAACUCGAAGUUUUGAUGCAGAAUGUGAGGCUUUGAGAUGUGUUCGACAUCGGAACAUUGUAAGGGUUAUAACAGUGUGCUCAAGCAUUGAUUACCGAGGUGCUGAUUUCAAGGCACUUGUAUUUGAGUAUCUGCCCAAUGGAAAUUUAGACCAGUGGCUACACAAGCAUCUGGAGGAAGAUGGUGAACCCAAGAUUCUAGAUCUUAUUGGGAGACUCCAAAUUGCCAUUGAUGUAGCUUCUGCAGUCGACUACUUGCACCAUCACAAACCAUUUCCAAUUAUUCACUGUGACCUCAAGCCGAGCAAUAUUCUUCUUGACAACAACAUGGUUGCACAUGUUGGCGAUUUUGGGCUUGCAAGGUUCCUACAUCAAGAACAUAUUGACAAGUUAGAGAGAUCAACUGGAUGGAGUGCAGUAAGAGGAACAAUUGGUUAUGUUGCUCCAGAGUAUGGACUGGGCAAUGAAGUCUCGAUCCAUGGUGAUGUCUACAGUUAUGGUAUACUAUUGCUGGAGAUGUUCACUGGAAAAAGACCAACAAACUCUGAGUUUGGGGAAGCUCUUAGCCUUCAUAGGCAUGUAGAAAUGGCACUGUCAGAUCAAGCAGCCAAUGUCAUUGACCAAGACCUACUAAGAGCAACAGAGAGUGUUAAAGGAAUAGCACAGAACUAUCAUGGCACUGAAGAGAAUGAAAUUGGUUGCAUCGUUUAG